AUGAGAUAUGAAUGUCAACUGAGCUACUCUAGUCGGUUUGUUGGACUCAAAAGUUUUACCGAAGACGACGAAUACCUGUACCGAGGACUAAAGGUGAUGAAAUGAUGGUAAAUCGAUCUAACAUAUCGUGGUACGAUUAUGGACUUACGGGUGAGCAAUUUCCUGAAAAAAGGAAUGAUUCUAAAGUCAUAACGUCCCAUCGUAACGUAUUUGAUAAAAGAAACUUUUUGUACACCAACUAUAACUAAUCGAGCUGAUGUGAGAAAAUGAAAAGCUGUUGAGCUAAAAGGCUAGGUAACUUAAAGUAUUGACUUGUAGCUGGUAUUUAGUUGGGAAAGGUUUUCAUAUAACCCUAUACUCCUGUAAACAAAGCCGUAAUCCCUAAGGUAAUCUAUCGUUUUCAGUAAUGUUUUCUUUAUCCAUGAACUGUGUGUACAAUGAAGUAUGGGGCUGUGCAGAAAUCUUUCCUUUCCUCGCAUCGUUGACCAAUUUUAGCUAGAUUUUUUUACGGAAUUCAUGGAAAGGUGAAAGAAGCCGAUAGCUUCCAAACAAAAAUGAAAUUUAAAUAAAAAUAACCACGUACAAUUCAAGAGCACGCUUUUUUAUCAAAAUAAUCCUCAUAAAUGUGCGAAUAAAAAUUUCUUCAGUCAGAUAGCGAUUCCUUAUCGUUGCGCAGUGCUCAAACUUGUCCCUAGAAAUUAAUUCUAAUUAUUCAGAAGUGUGAUAAGAUCGAUCGAUAUGAAGAACAGUAACGAUAAUAACUCUAACGGUAUUUUCUUUCUUCCAACAGAGCGUUUGUAAGAUGAGUGACUCGUUUUCUGGUAGCAAUGGGUUGUGAAUUUCCAACUAUCAGGAAAACACUGCACAGUGCAGAUGUCGUGAAGGAUAUUAUGGACAGCCUUGCAGUAAGUACAUUUUAAUAUAAAAUUGCCCAGUGUUUUGACUAGUGUGAUAUGUAUAUAUAUAUGGAGAGAGACAGACAGACAGACAGACGGACAAAGACAGAGAGACAGAGAGACAGAGAGACAGAGAGACAGAGAGACAGAGAGACAGAGAGACAGAGAGACAGAGAGACAGAGAUACAGAGAGACAGAGAGACAGAGAGACAGAGAGAGAGAGAGACAGAGACAGAGCAGAGAGAGAAAGAGAGAGAGAGAGAGAGAGAGUAAUAAUACACGGGCGCGCGUAGAUAUGGAAUUUCUCUUCGAGUAUUUAACUCGAUAGCUCACAAGUGAGCGCAGCAAACGAGUGAGAUAUCGAGUUGAACACGAGAAGAGAAAUUCCAUAUCUACAAGCAACCAUGUAUUAUUUUGUUUAUCAUAUAAACACAAUAGCCCUUUACUGAGAAGAAAAACCGACUUUAUUAAUGAGUGAAAAUAAAUUAAUCGACAAUCUCCGAAUAACAAUCGUAGAGUACGUUGGCGCUAACUCUUAAGAUGGAAAAAUGCGUUGAAUCAUGAUUACAAAACCAACAGUGGUUGUAAUUUUCAAUUUACAAAAUUCUCAUUCAUUGACAAUCUUCCAGUUGUCCUUUUUUCAUUCUCAGCCGAGAGAAAUGCUAACACUAAAGCCACUGAAAACGUAACUUUCGGUUUGAACCUUACUGUCUGUCAGCAAUACAGAGUUUUUAGUGUUUUAGUCGCCAUAUAGUUCGAGGAAGCUCUGAUACACAACUUCUAUUGAGAAUCGUGAAGGCUUUGCCGUUCAUUCGUCAACCUGACCGAGUGUCAUUUUUCCCAGAAGCUAGUGGCUGGAAACUUAAAAAUGUAUACAUCGCCGAGAUAUCCGAUGAAUAAUUUUUGAGUUGCCCCUAUGAAAAAAAACGACCCCCCCCCGCAAAGAUUUUUUUACAUCUAAAGAAAAUAGAAAAUUCAUAAAAAAGAUGACUUUUUUAUCCCACGGCCAAAUUCGCCGAGACUGAUCUGGAUAAUUCAUCGACAACUGUCAUUUUCGAUCUGGUCAACAAAUAGAUGACGUCAAAAUGUACUAAAAACAAGCCUACCCAGUCAUGUAGCCGAGUUUAGUAGAUCAUCGUUUGCAAAAUCCUCUGUGGCCAUCACCAUCUUUUCUACGAUCGUUGAUUUAAUGGUAUUCUCACAUUCGGCAGGUAAAUAUGUUUGAAUCUGCCCUUUUCAAUCCUAUUUUUGUUUCCUUACUUUCUUGAUCUUUUAUUCAGGAUGCCUUCCAUUGAAAAAUAUCAGCAAUGGCAUCGCACAGACAUAUAAAACUCGAGAUGACAAAGUAAUCUACAAAUUCCGUUGUAACUCCGGUUUCUUCCUGAACGACUCAACUGCCAUAUCGUGUUUUCGAGGUCAGCGGAAUGGCUCGACACCGAGCUGUCUGCAAGGUAAAGAGAUCUUUGUGUGA